AUGGCAAAAAAUUCCCUGGAAGGGUCUAAAGAAGACCUGAGCAAAAUUUCGGAGGAGGAGAUGCUAAGGUGGAGCAAGGAAGAGCUGGUGAAAAGACUGAGGAAAGUGGAGAAUGAAAAGAUGAACUUAAUGGUGGAACACGGCAACUUGAUGAAGGACGUCAACCGGCGGCUGCAGCUCCACCUGCAUGAGAUCCGCGGGCUGAAGGAGGUGAACCAGAAGUUGCAGGACGACAACCAGGAGCUGAGGGAGCUCUGCUGCUUCCUGGACGACGACCGGCAGAAAGGCAAGAAGCUGUCGAGGGAAUGGCAGCGCUUCGGGAGGCACACGGCCAGCGUGAUGUGGAAGGAGGUGGGCAUGUACCAGCAGAAGCUGAAGGACCUGGAGGCGAGGCAGGAGACUCUCCUGCGGGAGAACGUGGAGCUGAAGGAGAUGGUGCUGAUGCUGGACGAGGAGCGGAGCGGGGCCGGC